UCUCGACAUUUUCUAGUAAUGAAGGAGUAUUUAACUAGUUGGAGAACAAACUUGGCAUGAUCCCGGUCAGAAAUAUAAAGUGCAUGAGAUUCAGGUGAUGGAAGGCUCAAGUACCGUUUGUGGGCCACCUCUAUCAUGUAUAGCACGAUGACAGACUGACUUAAAUCAAGGUUUGGAAGGUUUAGAGAAAAAGAAAGAAUGAGAAAUGUGUGCGUCUAUUGUAGACACUAUCACCUACGUUAUGCUCUUAGCACACAGAGCCGGUUCCCUGAUACUGAACCAGUAGUCAUUCCCAGGAAAUCAGAAUUAUACCUCCUCAGAUCCUCCAGUUCUCAGAGGCAAGAUUCCAGAGGCACCUCCGCCUUGAGAAGACAGAGUGACAGGAUAAGAAAGAAGCAAAUGUUAUAUGUUUCUUCAAAAAUGAAUGAUGUGCAGGUACUCUGUGGGGAUACCAGCUACCAAACGGAUCCUGGACGGGCAUGGUGGGCAUGUUUGAGAGAGGUGACGGAGAUCUAGGCAUUGGUAACCUGUUCAUCUCGGCGCUGGGAGGACGAAACAAGCACCAGCACUAUACAGCACCUUUCGGACAAGAGAAUACAUGCUUCAUGAUUAAGAAAGGAACAAGCACUCCUCGGUGGCAGUCCCUUGCCCUGCCCUUCAGGAAAGAUACGUGGAUCGCCGUGCUGGUGAUGGCUCUCCUCUUGGGCCCAAUCUUCUUCGCUCUGUCCCGACCUCACGUCACCGGCAGAUACGAGAAACUAAACUAUCAGUCUAUGGCUUUCGUCAGCCUUUACACCUUUGGAGUUCAUCUCAAAGUCGCCCAAACGCAGAUUCCUGUUUCCCUCAGUCUCCAGAUAUUUGUGGCUUUUCUUUGGGUGUAUGUGAUAAUCGUCUUGGAAGCAUACAGUGCAAAACUAGUGUCCUUUCUCACUGUGGAAAGAAUACCCGAGGGCAUAAACACGAUUGAGGAACUCUACCAGUCUUCUCUUUCUGUUUAUGGCAACACAAUAUACUAUCAAGAAAGUCUCGAGCUUGCUCAAAAUGUGCAUGCAAGAAAAUUGGCUGACCAUUACUAUACAAUAAAGGACUUUGAUGUGGCUUAUAAGAAUAUCAUGAAUGGCCAGGGCGCAUACAUGGCCUCGUCUAACAAUCUCAUCUACAUGAUGUCUCUGUAUUCCAAGAAUGGUAUUCCCACCAUGAGACUGCUGAAGGAGUGCUUCCAGGCAGAUAACACGGCAGUGGGUGUGCAGAGUCACUCACCACUCAAGAGAAACCUUGAUCAAGCAGUGAACUGGGUGCGAGAGGCCGGGCUGCCCUACCAGUGGAGGCGUGAAACGCUCAUGAUUCUUAGACAGGAGAGGAGGGCUAACGCUUCCAACGAUGCUAUGGACGCCCCUGAACCUGAACCUGAACCUGAAUCUGAGGGCGAAAAUCGUGUGUCAUUCAGUCUGGAACACUUGCAAGGCGUGUUCAUCAUGUAUGGCGUCGGGUGUGGCCUGUCGCUGAUUGUGUUCGUUUCCGAGCUGCCCAUUUACUACUAGGGCUGCAUGUGGGGUAUCAACCGUGCCCCCCCACCUUUUUCCUCUUGUCUUAUACGCCAGUCACUCCAAGACACGAUGUUUUCAGCAUAAUGAAGACUGAUUACACAACAGACUACAAACCUAGACUGACAACCCACCAAACUACAUACCUAACAUCAACCUCCUCCACCCGUUAAAUAAAAAUAAUCAACCAAAAUUAUUGUUACCUUCAAUAAUUAUACUGUUCACCUCUUCCACAAUUAAUAUUCUUGUGAUGCACUUCACUAACAGACAAAAUAGUACUACAGUGACUCGUUAAAUCGGUUUGCAUUAAGUUGAUAUAUGUCGUAUCCCCAUAAUCAUUUUUAUCUUUCCAGUGUAUUAAUUUCUUACAAGUAGUGUAUAUGACAGUUUCUCUCAGCAAGUAAUCUCAUAGAUUUUUCGUCUCUUUAUUUAUUUUGUUUUUUUUUCUCAGUCCCUGUCCCAGUGUUCCUAUUUUUACUUUCAUUUUCAUUGUAGCUGGUCUUCUAAACUUGCGAGCUGUAUACAGUUAUCCUCCUCCAUGCUGCUUACACAAUGAUUAUCAGUCUUGUUAUGUUCGCCAUACCAAUGAGGAUAAAAUAAUCUAUAAAUAGCAUUUAUUUUUACUAGUAAAAUAUAAAACAUUCUGCCAUAUUAUUCUUUCUGUUUGUGACUGAAUUCAUGUAUGAAAGGAGUAACAAAACUUUUCGAAAACAACCUGACUGUCCACUACAUGUUUCAUAGGCUCUUAAAUAUAAAUGAAAUAGUGGGCUUCAUAGGAAAUCCCAUUAUUUUUUUUUUAGUUUAUUUAUUUAUUUAUUUAUGUUUAUUUAGUUCUUAGAAU